GCCAUCGCACACAUGUAGCGAGGCGUCUUAUGGUGACGUUCCUGUCCUUACGUUCCAGGAGCGCCUCUUCUUCGUCAUGGAGUUUGUCAAUGGCGGCGACCUCAUGUUCCACAUCCAGAAGGUGCGGAAGUUCGAGGAGAGGCGUGCAUGCUUUUACGCUGCCGAGAUCACCUCAGCCCUCAUGUUUCUGCACAGCAAUGGCAUCAUCUACAGGGACCUUAAGCUGGACAAUGUGCUCCUGGACAAAGACGGCCACUGCAAACUGGCUGAUUUUGGCAUGUGCAAGGAGGAGAUCUUGGAGGGUAUGACCACCAGCACCUUCUGUGGAACCCCAGACUACAUAGCCCCAGAGAUCCUGGAGGAGAUGGCGUACGGUCCCUCCGUAGACUGGUGGGCCCUGGGCGUGCUGCUCUAUGAGAUGCUUCUGGGCUACGCUCCCUUCGACGCCGAGAAUGAGGACUCGCUGUUCGAGGCCAUCCUGACGCAGGAGGUCACCUACGAGAAGUGGCUGAGCAGCGAGGCUGAGGACAUCCUGAAAGCA